AUGGCUCUGUCUAAUACAUUGAUUAUAGACGAACUUCUUUAUCUGAAAGCUCAGUUUGCACUUUUAGCACCUAACAAGAACGGUCUCAUCACUUUGGAUAACAUCAGAUUGGCACUUGCUUCAAAUGCGACAGAGGCAGUGAAGGAGUCACGGAUACCAGCUUUCUUGCAUUGGUAUUGUCCUGUAAAUGGACUAGAAUACCAAGGGAUGGAUUUUGAAGAGUUUUGUGCAGCUUCCAUCAGUGUUCAUCAGCAUGAGUCACUUGAUUGUUGGGAGCAGAGUAUGAAUGGAAACAGAGUUAUCAUCAUCGAAGAACUCGCUUUGCUAAGUGUUAAAGGGAGGUCAUACAUGAUUUUUUCUGUAGGAACUUGGUUUGGAUCAUCGAUCCCAGUCCAUACCAUUCUACAUGGCUGGAUUAGACACACUGAUGGGAAGCUAAGCUUCUUGGGUUUUGUCAAACUGUUGCACGGUGUCUCUACUCGACAGUCUUUAGCUAAAACACGGUGA